AGUGGCUCGUGAGGGACUCCCGUGCGUUCCGUUGUUUUUCCUCUCCUGUCCUCUCCACGAGCAAAACUUCUGCGGCGUAAAACUGAAACCAGGUGCUCUUGUGCGGUGGUGCAGCAGCUCCUUGGGAGAGGCGAGAAAGAAGCCUGGCGUUUCCUCCCUCUCCAGACCCCUUCCUCUUAGCUCGCGGCUCCGUCGCUUUUCUUUUCCUACCCCAGCCUAGCUUUCUUCCGCCCGCCCCGUUCUGUAAGCGGGAGCGCCGAGGAGGUACGACAGAAACACGUGAAGGCGAGCAGCAAAAAACAAAACAAACGCGGAGUUCCAGCCAGUAGAGGCUUGGCGGCGCGGCUGCCUAGGAACAGGAGAGCGCAAAGCCCAGGAGAAGGUGGCGGUGUCCCUCCCGAAGGGGGCUCCUUUUCCCCACCCCUUUCCUCCGUUCGUCGGGGAGUCUCUUGUCCCCGACGCUGACAGGUGCUCCUCCGAGCCCGCCGCGAGCUCUCUAGCCCCCUUCGCUUCUCCCCCUCCUCCGGUUUCGCGAGGAUUGCGGCGCCCUUGGGAAGCUGAUUAUGCUUUGAACCUUAGGAGAGGAGGAGGGAGAAAACCCUGGAGACAGAGGAAAGAAAGACGGUAGCCGAGGAAAAAGUUUUGGAUGGGAUUAUGUGGAAACUACCCUGCUCUUCUCUGCCGCCCGAGCAGGAUCAGUGCUGCUGCUCUCUCCCCAGCGGUGCAGUCUUCGCAGGCUGGUGGAGGUGGUGAGGACGACGACGCGGGAAAUACUUGAGCUGUCGGCAAGGACUUGGCGCGUGUGUUGUGCGUUAGAGAGCUUCCACCCCAGCCUACCAAAUGCUCCUCUUCGGGAUCUCGCUGACACUUGCCCUGGUCAGCCAAAGACCGGGAGUCCACGCCGAAUCAAAUCUGAGCAGCAAGUUCCAGUUCUCCAGCGCCAAAGAGCAAAACGGAGUACAAGAGCCACAACAUGAGAAGAUUAUUACUGUGUCUGCUAACGGAAGUAUUCACAGCCCAAAGUUUCCUCAUACUUAUCCCCGCAACACAGUACUUGUGUGGCGAUUAGUUGCAGUUGAAGAGAAUAUGUUGAUACAACUUACUUUUGAUGAAAGGUUUGGGCUUGAGGACCCAGAAGAUGAUAUAUGCAAGUAUGACUUCGUAGAAGUUGAAGAGCCUAGUGAUGGCACUAUCUUAGGGCGGUGGUGUGGUUCUGCUACUGUUCCAGGCAAACAGAUCUCUGAAGGAAACCAGAUCAGGAUAAGAUUUGUUUCUGAUGAAUAUUUUCCUUCUGAACCUGGAUUCUGUAUUCAUUAUAACCUUCUCACAACACCUCACACGGAAUCUGUCAGUCCAACGGUGUUACCACCCUCAGCUUUACCAUUAGAAUUGCUAAACAAUGCUGUUGCUGCAUUUAGUACCGUAGAAGAACUUAUCAGGUACCUUGAGCCUGACAGAUGGCAGUUAGAUUUGGAAGACCUGUACAAACCAACAUGGCACCUUCUCGGAAAAGCAUACAUUCACAGCAGAAAAUCGAGAGUUGUAGAUUUGAACCUUCUGAAGGAGGAAGUAAGAAUGUAUAGCUGUACUCCACGCAACUUCUCAGUGUCAGUACGGGAGGAAUUAAAACGAACAGACACCAUUUUUUGGCCACUUUGUCUGCUGGUUAAACGCUGCGGUGGAAAUUGUGCCUGUUGUCAACAUUCUUGCAGUGAAUGCCAAUGUGUCCCUACCAAAAUCACCAAAAAAUAUCAUGAGGUCCUGCAGCUGAAGCCCAGAAGUGGUGUAAGAGGAUUGCAUAAAUCUCUGACAGAUGUACCUUUGGAUCAUCAUGAGGAGUGUAACUGUGUGUGUAAAGGGAAUACAGAAGGAUAAAAGGAACUUCUUUCUUUUACAACACAUUGAAUUAGUGGCUUAUUCUGUUCUGGGGCUUGUGCAUUAAUCUCCUUCUGUAAUCUCAGCUGUUUCCUUUGAGAAUCUUCAGUGUUCAAGAUUGAUGGUUCUGGGGAGAUGAAGAGACAAGAAAUGAAACUGGGAUUAUGUAUGCAAUGUAACAGCACAUGAAAGCCCACUAAAACUAUGAGCAGAAGGCAUUAAUGAGGAUUUUUUUCCUCCACCUUGAUUUAACUAUAUAAGAUCAUCUCUCUCGCUCAUCCUGAAUUUUAAAAGAUUUAAGUUUAGAAAUGCUCAAAGCUUGAACUCUUCUAGUAGGCUUCCCUCUGCAGGCCAGUUACUUCUGGCUUACCAUUCUAAACAUCUGGAAUAUCACUUCACUUAUUGCAAUAUCUCCUACACAUCCUAAAUGAAAGUGUUAAUUGCUUACAAACUGUUAUUCUAUUCAUAAAGUUAAACUUUAUUUUUCACUUAUACAUGUGAAAAAGACUGGACACUUUUCCAUGGUUUUUUUUCCCCCAGUCAGAUUCCUGUCGUUUAGCAAAAGUGCAUGGUCAGUAUAUAUGAGCAAGGAGGAAAAGAUUGAAACCAAUGAAGUAUCUUUAUUCCUCCCACUAGUGCCUUCAAGUAUUUUUUUGUUUGUUUAUAUUUUUAUUGUGUACAUUUUUAUACUCUCUUUUUGAUGGCAUAACAAUUUGCUUUUCUAAUCUUGUUAAAUAUAUCUAUUUUUUACCAAAGGUAUUUAAUUUCCUUUGUAUUUACAACCUAGAAAAAUUGUAUUUUAGUUCUGUAAGACCUUGGAGUCAGCGUUACAGGAAGAGGAUAGAAAGAAUUACUGGUUGUAUAAGACAACAAAAGUAGUGGUGCAUGUGCACAUAGAGAGAUAAAACAGAUGAAAAUAUCAUUCUGACUUUACAGUUGUAUGUAAGUAGAUCCAUGAUGCUGGGAUAAGAAAAAGGAAUAUAAUAGCUGUUUUAACCCUUUUUAUAAUCUAGUGCCUUGAACUAGAGAGAAUGUCUGUGAGCAUAGAAGCAGGCUUCAGCAUGCAUAAAUAAGAAAAUAAAUACCAUUUUUUGGAUCAGAGAUCACUGGCAUAAAUCUGAUAAGGAUCAGCAUACUCAUCAGAGGAUAGCUGUCAGCAGACGCUGCACUGGCUUGAAUAGGUUGCAUUAUCUUCACCUGUCCAUCUACAUUUUGGCAGAAUCACUUCUGAAGAAAUAAAGUUCUUAUAUGUGACCUGCGAUAGAUUGGGAAACAGGUUGUCUUCAUGAAAAAAAAUCAUGAAUCCUACUGAUAACAGUGUGAUCUUGCCACCAAAUUUUAUAAUGGGUUUAUUAAAAAUGUGCACAUAUUUAUUGCUACAGGUAUAAGGGUUUUUAAUAUUAUCAUUGACAGUUGCUUCUUCAUAAGUACAGUGGGCUUCCAGUAUUUUAAUGAUGUAGAGUAUAAUUUUUGAAAUGUGGUUUUAUGUACAGUCUAUAUAUAAACCAGUACAUUUAUCCCCUUCUUUGCCAAGAAGGAAAGAAGCAGUAAAAUAUUUUGCUUGUAAAAUA